AUGCGGAAAAGUGCCUCCAUGCAGGGCAUCAGGAGCCACCGCCGCUUUAUCACCGUGCGCGCGCUGAUACCGAUUCUCAUCAUUCUUUGCAUUUGCGGUGCUGUGGGCAUGGUACUUCUAGACAACCCCUCUCCGUCGGCGUUCGAACGGCCAGCGAAGACGACGGAGUUGCGAUCUAGUGACGAACAGGGCACUAACAAACCUGGUGAGCCGAGGCAGAGCAUGAUCCCGGCGUUGCCAACCACGACAACGGCACCGACUCGCAGCUCUGACGAAGAACUCAUAUCGGCUGAGUCCACGGCCACGACAUCCGUCCCGGCGCCUGCAAGCGCCACUGGUGCUGAGGAGAGCGUCACGCCGCUUGCGAACCCGACAACGGAAACGCCGGAGCAGGACGAGGCAAUGAGGGACCUGGAGCGGUGGACAAAGAUGCAGCUCCCUGAGGACUGGAUGGAGUGCAUUCGGAAAAACCUGCAACUGGACAAGAACGGGCAACCGCUACGCGAGGUGACGCAGAUGACGGACGCUAUCCCACUACUGAUCACGCCACUGACGGGCGACGUAAAGUUCUUCCCGUACUUUGUGUGCUCGAUGGACGUUGCUGUGCGGUACCAUUACGUGAUCCAGAACGAGCGUGACUCGGAGACGACGGCUGUGAUCAACAAGCUGCAGCGCCGCUUCGGUAACAGCGGGCGGUUGAUUGUUUUGCGCAACCGGUACAACCGUGGGUACUCCGGGAGUAUGAACCAGGGCUUCGAGUGGGCGCUGAAGGAGCGGACGGCGGAGGAGGUGCCGUGGGUGUUUGCUUGCGGCGUGGACACCAUCUUCGAGCCCGGGCUGCUAGCGAAGAUGGUGAAGGUUGUGCAGCAGAACACGCGCGGCGAUGCUGCGAUGCUAGCCGCGCUGCAGGCGGAGGUGGAGCUAGAGGAGCGGCUUGUGCGCGAGGGCAACUACUCCUACUACGAGCGAUGGGCGCCGCGUGGGCGCUCGCUCAAGGUGCUACGAAGUGGGUAUCCAGGGGUGCCGUUGAACGUGCGGACUGCGCCGCUGCUGCCAGACCGCAUUCGGUACAUGGUGGCGGAUGAGAACCGCCAAAGCGGGAUUGUCGACCCUGCGGAGUUGCGAAGGCGCUUCUUUGGGAACUACGUGGCGACUGUGACUCCUGUCCCGUUUGCCCUGGGCACCAUUGCGGUGACGCGGCUGGCGCUGUCGACUGUUGGGUACUUUGACGAGAACUACUUCCCCGCGUACAUGGACGACAUCGACCUACGGUGGCGACACUUUGCGUAUGGGUUCGGUACACUGUAUGCCGAGCUCAACGGCCCAGUGACUCGCUGGCACCACUACAACGCUGCAAACCUUCGCGGCAGCCCGUUUGUGGAUAAGGACCUGGAGAACUAUGGCACAGAGGACAACCACAGCCGCCGCGCCUUCGUGAAUUACAUCCUCCGCUCUAAGGGCAUGUACGACAGGGUCAAGUAUGGCCCGCGGGACCUGGGGGGUGUAUGGCGUGAGGCUGUCCAGGAGGCCGAGUUCAAGUACAUGCACUUCAAUGUGUCCCAGUACCCUGCGGACACAUGGGUGCUCGAUGAGGAUGCGCGCCGGUGCAUGUUUCGCCUCACGUACAACUACGAGAGGCAGGUGUGGACAAGGCCGAGGAACUGCUCCUACAAUCCGCGGACGCUGGAGGAGAGCGGCAUCCUGGGCGUGGACCAGCUGGCGAGCUACAAGUCGAUGCUGGAGGGGCAAAAGUUUGAUUACAAGUAA